GGCGCCGCCCCGCGCGCAGGCGCCGGCCCGGGCGGGCCGGGUUGUUUGUGACGGCGUCAGCGGCGGCCGCGGCCCCUCGUCCGUGCCGGGCCCCGCGGGGGCCGCGCUCAGUGUGUUUUGAAAAUGUCUGAAAAUUCCAGUGACAGUGAUUCCUCCUGCGGCUGGACUGUCAUCAAUCAUGAGGGUUCUGACAUAGAGACAGUGACUUCAGAAAAUGGAAGCACAAAUGAUAAUCACGAGUUUGUUUCAGAAGAAUAUGUUUCUUUGCAAGAAGAGGAGCAAGCAGUUGAUUUGCAAGCUCAGUGCAGCAAUGAUGAAGAGAUACCAGUGGUAGAUAACACUGUGUCUGGAUUUGAGGAAACUCAGACAGUUCCAGAGGAAAAGAAACAAAAAAUUCCUGACGAUGGGUCCUGCGUUGGAACUGUUAGCGAUGAUUCUGACAUUGUUACACUUGAAGCUCCAAAACCAGAAGAAACUCAGAGUCAGGAGGAAGCUCCAGCAGAUGGUGAAGAAGCUCAAAGUUCAGAGGAUUUUAACAUGGGUUCCUCCUCUAGCAGUCAAUAUGCAUUUUCCCAUGUAGAAACUGUCAGUUGGCUGGAGAAGCUGAGGAAGAUUCCUGUUUGUGUAAGGGGAUGGGGAAAUGAGGUGAAAGAGCAUGUGUCUCGCAGUCUUCCUUUCCAAGUUUUUCCAUCUCAGGCCAGCAGUGAGGAAUCCAGCAGUGACGAGACCAGCAGCCAGUCCAGUCCGGCCGUGCGGAAGCGCCGCCCUCGGAAGAGGUUGGUGUCCAGCUCCGAGGCCGAGGGCGCGUCCCCGGCCGAGCCGGAGGCUGAGCCCCCCAGGGAGGAGCAGCCCCAGCGCCAGUUCAGCAGUGGCCUUAACAGGUGCAUCGUCCUGGCCUUGGUGAUUGCAAUCAGCAUGGGCUUUGGGCACUUCUAUGGUAAACCUGAAGGUACAGUCCAGAUCCAGAAACGGCAGCAGCUGGUGACAAAGACACGUGAAUUCAAAGAUAUGAAAGAUGACCUUUACCAGUGCCAACAAGAGCAAGGAGAUCAAGUGCACCACAAAGUGGGGUCACUCAAGGGAGAUCCUGCCACGUGUUUGACCUUUAAUGAGGUGGAGAAGAAAUCCUUCGAUUCUCAAAAAAAAAGCCUUGCUGCAGAAAAUCAGCACUUAAGAGAAUCUCUAGAGAAGGAAGAAAAAGCUUUGGCCUCACUUCAGGAAGAAUUAAGGAAGCUAAGACAACAAAUUAGAAACUUAGAAGAUAAAGGCACUAGCACUGAAUCUAUUGUAAUGGAAAAUCAGAAACUAAGGGAACAUUUGGAAGAGGAAAAGCAAAGAAACAACAAUUUUCUCAGGCAAAAGGAAACACUCUUUGCAGAGGCACAGAUGUUAAGGCGAGAACUGGACAAAGAACGUCAUGUUACAGAAGCUCUGAAAAAAGAACUGGAACAGUUAAGUUCUCGUCAAACACCUGACAGUGCUAAUGAUGAUGAUGAUGAUGAUGAUGAUGAUACAUUAAGAGAAAAUCAGGAAAUAGAAACUCUACGAGGAAGACUAAUAGAACUAGAGAAAAAGCUGAACUUUGAGCAACAACGCUCUGAUUUAUGGGAGAAGCUGUAUGUUGAAGCAAAAGACCAAACUGAAAAACAAGAAAUUUUUUAUGAAAAUGGACAAAAGAAAGGUGCUAAAGGGCAAAGUAAGACUAGAAAGAAAUCAAAGGAAUCAUUUUUUGGUUCAGUUAAAGAAACUUUUGAUGCUAUGAAAAAUUCCACGAAAGAGUUUGUAAGACACCAUAAAGAAAAGAUUAAGCAGGCUAAAGAAGCAGUGAAAGAAAACUUGAAAAAAUUCACUGAUUCUGUAAAGUCUACAUUCAGACACUUCAAAGACAGCACAAAAAACAUCUUUGAUGAAAAGAAGUCAUCAAAUGAUAAAAGAUACGAGGCACACAAGAAAGCUCGAACUUUUUACCGAGACCAUAACUCCUACGAGAAUCAGAAGCACACACAUUACAGGGGACCCAACAUGCCAAAAGAUUUCAAAAGUGGAAGAAAACAUCAUUUUACAACAUUUGAAAAAGAUGCAGAUUCUCAGAAAUGUCUCAAUGAUGACUUGUGUAAUAGAAAACACCACUUUGCCCCGAAGGGCUGCUCUGGUAUUUUUGAAUGUGCUCACCAGGAAUUCAUUGGUCUCUUUAACAGAGUAUCGGAUCCUAUCAGGGUGGAUGAAUUUAAUCGGCUAAUGAAGAAGUAUUUGCAACAAGUUGUACAUAACUUUCAUCACUGGAGAGAACUAGAAAAUUUCAUCAAUAAGUUUUUUCAUAAUGGGUUAUUUAUACAUGACCAGAUGCUGUUCACUGAUUUUGUCAAUGAUGUCAAGGAUUACCUGGAAGAUAUGAAGGAAUACCAGAGUAAUAAUGAGAAGGUUUUUGAGGAUUUGGACAAAUACGUCUACAGAUACUACUUCCAUUAUGAUAAUUCACCCCAGUAUGGACCCAGUCGACCUAAAAGACCUUCUUUUACACAAACUGAAAAUUCCAGACAUGACAAACAAGCUCAGAAGUACCAUCACCGUAAUAAAAGAGAAGGAAAGCCUGCUAGGAAAAGAAGUACCUAUCCUGUUUGAUCCUGUCCGGAGUGGAUAUUCACCAGACACCACUGUUUGAGUGCAUGGACUUCAUUAAAGACUUGAGAGGGUAAAAGGUACUGUGACUGCAGGCAUUAUUGCUUUUCACUGUUGCUUAAAAGUGCAAGGUCUGGGAACAGAUGGCACAUUUAUUUUAAUAUGGAUUGAGGAGAAUUCCAUAAAACAUUACUUUGUGGCAUGAAUUCUCACAGAGGAGAGGGCAUAUAUGAACAUGAAGUGUAUAUCACUGGAGUGGUAUCAAUACCCCAUGUGCUAGAGGGUUCAAUUUUAAUUUAAGCUGUGUUUUAUUAAAAAGUUGUGGACAAUAAUGUUCAAAAAUCUUAACUACAACUCUUCUCUAAUUUAUUUUGUAUCCUCAAAAGUAGCUUAUUUCAUCUUGCAGUUACCAUACCUGUUCUAGCACAUUGAAGAGGAUCAAGUGACUGGGUAAUAACGUGUCAUUGUAAAACUCCUUAUUGAGCCAGCCAAGUGGAUUAGAGUAAAACACAUCUGCUUCAUCAAUAUAGUUCUCAUUGCCAGUUAGGUCUGGGGGACACUGAAGAAAUCUCAUUUUUAGAGGACAGUGAACGUGACUAGGGAGAAAAACAAAAACAUGUUUCAUGAUAAACUGAUCAGUAUCUAAGAUUUGAAAUAACUCAUCACUUUAAAAGACACCUCAGUCAAACCCAAAAUUGAUUAGGUUUUUUUCCUCUCAAUCAUAUUUUCCUCCCUUCAGUACUUCAUACGAAAGCAAAGUAGAACAAGCAGAUUCAGCUCCAAAUUGCUGUGACUUUGUUGUUUGCAUUUCAGAGAAAUUUUAUCGUAAUAAAAAUACCAUCUGCACAACAUCAGUUUCUUAAAAAGAUACUUUUCCAUAUCAGCUUCACUUUAACGUUUUGUUUAUUUGCCAGGACCUACUGCACAAGCUUUUGGAAUAAAGAUCUCAGUCACUGUAAUUGUAUUUCUUUACUACCUAGCAGCAGAAGUAAAUGUAAAAUUAAUACAGUUUGAUUGUAACAAUUAGUACCAUAAUGAAGCAGUGUGAUGUACUUGGAGAAGUCAUUAGAUUAACUGCAUAUCCUCAUACAAAGCUAUUACAAAAAUGAAUAAAGCUCAGAUGCUGAAUUUUAUUCUGUGGUAUAAACAUUUGGCUUAUGUCCCCUAUUUGUUCUGUAUUAACUGUAUGAAAAAUCAAAACUCUUCCUGUAAACAUUUAUCUUUCUCAAUUAAGCUUUAGAAAAAGAAAUCUUAAUUUCUGAUAAAGUGUAUGGAUUUUAAUAUAGUGCACUGUUAACUCUUUCAAUACCUGUAAAGUGGAGUAGAGUGGCACGGCAUCAUGAUGAAGACAAAGGUUUGUGACUGGUCAGAGUUAUGACAGAGUUGCUGUAUGGGACUCAUAACAUCCAGAGUGCCUCGCUGGUGAAUCAAGCCUGUAUACAGGGCUGGGAGCAGAUUGGAUAAGAGCAGGAAACUUACUGCAGAUUUCUUCCAUGCUUUCAGGUGUUUCAAAGAAUAUCC